AUGUCUACAAACCAACGUCUUAAAUUGAUGGUAGUCGCCACACUUGUGGUUGUUGCCAUGAUUAUUAUAACCAACCACUGUCAUGCCCUUGCUUCCUCACAAAGAAUACAUGGUUGUCCUUUGUAUAAAUGUUCGCCUUGUAAAUAUGGAUUCAAAAGAGAUCGUUUUGGCUGCCAAAAGGGAUGUGAAUGCAAACCUCGAAGAGACUGUCCACAAAUUUACUGUCUGAUUGGAUGCAAGUACGGCUACAAGAAGGAUCGUUAUGGUUGUCAGCAAGCAUGUGAUUGCAAUCCAGCUCCAAGUUGUCCACAAAUCUACUGUUUAGUACCAUGCGAGUAUGGAUACAAGAAGGAUCGUUACGGUUGUCAAAUUGCAUGUGAUUGUAACGAAGCACCCGUUUCAUAUUAA